GUUGGACUGGUGAGUAACGCAUCAAAUUUUGGAUGGAUGCCCAUGAUCAUUAAACGUGAUAUACUAGCUAGAACAAACAUGCGUGGAUAGCUCUUGCCUACCUAAGCUAUUAUUUAGGUAGAAGAUCUAUGAGCAGGGGUAUUAUUUCAAUCGAACAGUGCGGGCAAAGGUAUGUGGCUUAGUACCUAGGUAUUUAGUGCUAACUAUGCUCCCAGAAGGACGUCAAUAAAAGUGCCCACUGUAAUAUUAGUACGGCUUUUGACUGUGUCAAACAGACCAUUUGAUUGGUCGAAAGCUAUACAGUAUCAUACUGUGAGUUCUAUGAGACUUCGCACGGUGGGCGCUUUUAUUGACGUCCUUCUGGCUCCCGGGAUAAAAUGGGCAGGUGCGCUGCGUGGGCACUGUAACUUCUAUCUAGUGAACUUUCGGUGGUGUAAAAAAAUUACAGCUAGGAAAAAAAAAAAAAAUUGGUUGUGGGUCAAGACCUACCUAACACCGUAUUUGUGGCUGGUGGCUGGUGCACACGCUAAACUAUUUUUCUACUAGCGUUUUAAAAGCUGACAAGCUAGGUACCUCCCACCCUCCGUCCACUUUCGAUGUUCCCCG